UUGUCCAGACCGGUGUUCCUUUUUUUGCCUUUUGUAUCUCAGCAGCAGAGGUGUGAGGAACCUUUCUCAGAGAUGAACCUAUACAGGAGCUUUGGGAACCUCAUGGAGACUUGGUUAAGUGAAGGAAACCCACUGUGUCCUGACUCAGAGUGGAGUGGAAGUAACGCUGAGGACUCUCCUAUGCCUUCGCCUGAAAACCUGCGCUCAGAAUCGGUGGACUCUGGAGUGGAGACGGCCAGCUGUGACAUGUCUUCUCCAGCUGCAUCGACUGACAACGCAGAGAUGGAUCUGUUCACGCCUCGGCUCACUCCAGCAUCGACAUCGCAGUCUCCCAUCCUCCUCUCUCCUGCACCUUCCUCAUCCUCGUCUUCGUCCCCUCAUCUCUGCCUCAGCAGAGCAGAGAAGAAUCCCACUGAAGCCUUGCACUCAAAGUUAGAGCAAGCCCUGCAGAGGACCGACUCUAGACAGCUGAAAGAAAACCCCAAACCCCUGACAGUGGAGGAGGUGCUGAAUCGACGGCCUCGAGCAUCUUUUCUACCCAAACGGCACGCAUCGGAGUUAGUGAGAGGUCAGAGGUCAGGGAGUUUUGGCCUGAGACGGACAGUCAACCCAUCUGUUCCUGUUAGACAGAUGUCAGACGUGUGCAGGCGACCGCAGUCUGCUCUGAGUUACGACAAGCCCAGAUCAGAGGAGGGGAAAGAACUGAGUCCCGGCCUCAACUACCUGGAGCAGGUUUGCCAAAUGCUUGAAGAAAUAGCCAGACAACAGAUGCACAGUCGAGCGUUACAGACAGAGAUGGAUGCCCUGUGUGAGGAUCAAGACACGCAGGUUCCCGACACGUGUCAGAGCGACUCCACGGCCGCCGAGGAGGACGUUGCUUCUUGUCAACGACUUGAACCCACAGAAAACACAGAGCAGAAUCCUAGUGAACCUCAGAGGAGGAGGGACCUUCCCUACGGACAUUUUCGUCAGAGAUCAGCUUCAGACACGACUCUCGCAGCGCUGCAUUUAGGAAGGUUGAAAGCGGACUGCAGAGGGCAGCAUCUGAGUGCACAUGACCUGCUGGAGGAGGAAGAGGAAGACCCUGAAAACCAGGAAUCUACAAAGACGGAUACGAGUAAAAGCAGCAAGACGUGGAGGUUAAAAAUUGCAUCUUUGAGGAGAGAGCAGUCUACUGCGUCAGAUUCAAAGGGCCAACAGAUGCAGUCAUCUGAGAAAAACUCGGCCCGACGACGCCUCAGCCAGCUGUUCAGGAGGAGAAGGAAAACUCUGCCUGUGUGAAAUGGACCACAGAGUCUGUGCUGAUGUUUCGACAUUUUGGUUUCGGAGGACUUUGAGCACUGAAGCUGCUUUCAAAAUGACUUCCUACUGAGGCCAUGAUGCAGCAAUUUGCCAUGCUUAUUUAUUGAAAAAUGUAUACUUGCUUUUAAAAAAAUUAUACUGAAAAAUGGAGUCUUUCUCUGUAAAGUUGUGACUAUGAAUUAAAUGUAUAGCUUGUUUCUUUGUCAUAAUGUACAG